AUGUCUUCUGCUCAAGCGUCGUCCUCGAAGGCUCCCUCCAUCGAUGAGGUCGAGAAGCUGCUCAGCCGAGAAGCGUCAGCGUUUCAACGCGAAGUCGAGGUUGAGCGCAUCCUCAAAGCGUUUAAGCUAAACCCGUAUGAAAUGCUAGAUCUCAACGAGACCGCCACACCAGAAGACAUCAAGAAGAAAUACAGACAGCUAUCAUUAUUCAUCCAUCCGGAUAAGACACCGCAUGAACGUGCACCCGAAGCCUUCGAUCUUUUGAAGAAGGUCAUGAAGUUGGCUGAAUCUGAGCUUUCGGAUAAGGCGAAGCGUGAAGAAUUGGAUGCAGUCAUCAAUCAAGCCCGCAUUCUCGUUCUGAAAGCCAACAACCUCCCCCCGAACACUGCCCCCAACGACCCACGUCUCGCUAGUCUUGACCCACCAUUCAAGACACAAUUUAGACAGCAGUCUAAGGACCUACUGAUAGAAGAAGAAGUUAGAAGGAGAAAGGCGAUCAAGAUGAACCUGGCCAACGAAGGUUUGGAAGCUAGGAAGAAAGACGAGGAAGUCUCUGCCAAGAAGCGGAAAGCGGAGGACGACAAAGUAUGGGAAGAUACAAGAGAGCAACGUGUAGAUAGUUGGCGUAGUUUCUCCAACACUAAGAAGAAGAAAAAGACCAAAGUGACUCUCCUUGGCUGA